UAUCUUCUAUUCUCCAGCCUAGAUAAUACAAAUGAUGUCAGCCGUACGGCGCAGCGCCCGCCUAAGCGUCGCAUCAGACACCAAGGCAUCCUUGAUACCCAGCGUCCAACCAAACAAGCGCGGCAAAACCCAGCGCAGCAGCAGCGGGAUAAGCAAGCCCACGCGGAAAGCACCAGCAAAGGGAAGGGGAAGUCAAGUCAAAGCUUCAAUCCCGGAGAUAGACCAGAUCUCCUCCGCCCAAUCCUCGGGAGAUACUCCCACAGUGCAAUCUAAUUCGAAUAAGCAUGGACACAGCGCCAACUACUGGGACCCCUCGCCCACCACCACCAGCAGAAUCGAUUCCACUCCACCCCCCCUCGACCGACCCGUCGAGCCGCACCGAACAAACGCAACGCUCCUCACUCCACACGGCUCCUCCCUCGUCGCUUACCCCGCCGCGUCAGAGGCCCCCUCGCCUAGUAAGACCAGCCGACCACGACGUCCCAGCCCCCUAGCCACGACAGGCACCCUACUAGAAAAAGCCGUCGCGCACCUGAUCGCUACCGACCCCCGCCUGGAGCCCGUCAUCAGACAAUACCCCUGCCCGCUGUUCUCGCCAGAGGGUCUCGCAGAACAGGUCGACCCCUUCCGCAGCCUCGUGAGCAGCAUCAUCGGGCAGCAGGUGUCCGGCGCGGCGGCCAAGUCCAUCAAAGAGAAAUUCGUGGCGCUGUUCCAGACAGGCGCCGCCGGUAAUACCAGUAGCGGCGACAGUAAUAACAGCAGUGAUAAUAGUAUCCCCCGAAAAGACUACUUCCCCACCCCUGAAGAAAUCUCACGGUGCGAUAUCGCCGUUCUGCGCACGGCGGGCCUGUCCCAGCGCAAAGCGGAGUACAUCCUUGGUUUGGCGGAGAAGUUCGCCAGCGGGGAGCUGAGCGCGCGGAUGCUGCUCGAUGCGGAGGAUGAGGAAUUAUUGGAGACGCUCACUGCUGUGAGGGGGCUCGGACGCUGGUCUGUCGAGAUGUUUGCUUGCUUUGCGCUGAAGCGGACGGAUGUUUUUUCGACGGGGGAUUUGGGCGUGCAGAGAGGCUGUGCGGCAUUCGUGGGAAAAGAUGUCAGCAAGCUUAAGGCUAAGGGUGGCGGUAAGUUUAAGUAUAUGCCAGAGAAGGAAAUGCUGGAAGUAGCUGCGAAUUUUGCCCCGUAUAGGAGCCUCUUCAUGUGGUAUAUGUGGCGGAUAGAGAAUGUGGAUGUUGCUGUGUUGAGAUGAGACUUUGCUUUGAUGAUACCCAUUUGUGAUCUGUGUUAUAUACUGUAGGGUGAUAUAUAGGUAGAUACAUAGUGUGUGGUGAUGUGCUGGGUGUGGAUAUUGGAGGCGAUGCCUUGACACCCUGCUGUUAGUACCUUAUGCUAUAACAAUUAUUGGAGACCGGUACGAGGGCCAGCGAGCCAUGCAGUCGC